CGGGUUGCGAGCUACGCGGUCGCGGCCGGUGUGGUGGCGAAGCUACCCGUGACAAUAUUGCGCUGGCGAGCGUGAGAAGGAUCCAGCCACAUUGACGGGCUGCCCCGCCUUAUACCAAUGGCUUCUCUGCAACAGCUCUGGACUCGGGUGGAGGGGGAAGGAGGAGGAGGAGGAGGGAAGGAGGAGUCCUCGUGCCAUGAAGGAGGUCUGUCGGCUUACGCUAGAGCCACGGACGAUGGUGCCGCGGCCUCAUGGGUUGAAGAUCUCAGCGUCGCGGAAGCCGAAGUCGAGCUGGUGGAAGUCGCUUGGCUCGGCUCUCCGCCCUUCCGAAUGCGCGGCAGCUACUGAACUUCGGCCAGCGGUCUCGUCUCAUCUUGGGGCAGGAGGUCGUCGGUCCGGAGCGUGAACUCGAUUCUCGCGAUCCUCUGGGCAAGGUCCUCAUUACUCAUCGUCUCGACGAACUGCGUGUUGGACAUAUGUCUGUCCGUGUCGCUCACCACAUCUGCCUUCACGUGGGCGUCUAGGUCGUAAGUCUCGUUCGUUGCCGUCUUCAGGUUGGCAGGCUUGAUGCGCUUGCAUUCUGGGUGCGAGCUAAGUUUCACGCAGGCAGUGUCGUUUGCGAAGCCGACGACCUGACCCUUCUUGUUUUUCAUGGGGACGGCGUUCAGGAGGCACGUCAUGACCGUAUGGCCCACCUCGAUAUGCAAACCCUACGGGCCCAGCCAGCCAGUCGACGGAUGGCAGCUCGGCCUGUGUCUGCAGAGGGAGGUCCGUCUUGCCACUGGUGUCGCUGCAGACGUUGGGAUCGCCGGCAACAUCACAGACUGCAUCGCUCUCCACCAUCACCUUCGGCGGCAGCUCGUGCGUGCUGCCUUCGACGGCGUAGCUGUCGACGUGGGGCUCCUCCUAAACGCGCGCGCUGGUCUCACUGAUGACCGUGUUGUUGCCAUCACGGCACUCCAGUACCAGCUUCGCGAUCGAGGAAGCGAGUCCGCCGACGAUGACAGGGCCACGCUGUUGCGGGGCGCGUUCAGCUUGUCGUCUAUCAUCUGCGUGUGGCUAGGACGCCGCUGGUCAAUGCCCAGUUUGAUCGCUGUCCCUAUCGUGCCGACGAGCUUGUGGAAGGAGGCCUCUGGCCUCGCGAUGCGGAUCUCCAGCGGCGCAGCCUUGAAGGUCGUGUCUGCCACGGACGCGGCAGCGUCGUGGCUCUCGAUGAUGUUCAUCAGGUAGGCGAUGGUGUGGUUGUGCUGGUCUAUGAGCGAGGGGUGGCAAGGCUCGAAGUACGGUUGGCCCCCUUAAUAGACCGCAGCCGGUGAUGUAGGAUACGGAGUCAUGCAUCGCCGCCGCCCAUGGGGGGGGCACGUGUCGACAGUCGCGUCUGCCGCAGGCCAGAACACCUUGGCAGCAAUGGGUGCCAUCCGCGACCACGGGUCCGCCAUGGCGAUGUCCCACGGACACGGGUGCGGCGACGGAUCGGACAGCUUGCCGCCGUUCUUCAGUUCCUCACCCACUGCAAGCAGGAGUGGGCCAUGGUCGUGUACUGCGUGGAGCACCGCUCGGACGUCCGUAGCCGCAUUGCCAUCAGCUCGAGACGGGACGACUGGGCGGUGUCGAGCAGAGAGAGAGAGAGAGAGAGAGCACGCCGCGAGACCCUGCGAGCAGCAGCAACAAUGUCGGCCAUACCAAGGUGUCGAAAAACGCGAUAGGGGGCGCUGCAGGAGCACACGCUGUAAUCCAGUGACCUGGAGGUGGUCCACUGCACCACGAACUCGUCGGUCAUUGCUCCGAGCUUCAGCCUCGGGUCGGAUCUGUCGACUUGGUGUGCAUCAGGGACGGCCACCAGGGCAGCCGUCGGCGUAGUAGAGGUUGUUGCCAGUAGAGAAGGACCUACUACACACUCAGCUGUUGAGGGCGUAGGUGGACAUGAGGUUGGUGCAGGCGAUGUUGCGCAGGGUAUGCAAAUGCCUUGCUGCCAAUGGCACCAUCCUUAACUCAGUCUCGAAACGUACGUCGCUUAGCCGCCAGGCUGCGCGGGUGCGGCGGCAGCCAGUGGGCGGAGCUGGUGUUCACGCCCACGGUCACCAUCGAGAGGUCGGCGAAGCUUGCGGCAGCCACCAUCGCGGCAGAGAAAGGGAAGGGCAUCUAUCUAUCGGGCGGCCACGCUCGCGGGCCGGGCACAGCCUUCUGACCUUGGCCAACAU